CACUAUAUAUAACCUCAUCACCCUCCUUCAUCUUGUCAUCAAAUCAAAUAUAUCUCUUUAAUUAUCUCUCUCUUUCUCAAUCUCCCUCUCUCUCAAAAUCACUUUUCUCGCAUAUUAUUGCAAACAAUAAAACAAUUUCUAUAAAAAAUGGAAAACAAUCUACCAGUGAUAUCAAAGAAAGUGUGGAGUAUGGUACGUGUGGCCUUCUUCAUGUUGAGAAAAGGUAUGUCAAAGGGCAAACUAAUGAUGGGCCUAAACAUGAUGCUCAAACGCCGCAGCAAGCUCGCCGGAAAAGCCAUUGCCAAUCUAAUGUUCCACCAUCACCACAACCACGGUGGCUCCACCUCAAGCCGCCGCUCACACCACCAAUUCACCGCCUCAAGGGAGUACGAAUUCAGCUGUAGCAACACUCCCAACCACUUCUUCCCAAUUGGGAAGCGUCACCGUAGCCACAACAACUUCUCCACUUCCGCUCAAGCACCACCUACACAAGAUGAUGAUGUGGCAACAAUGAGCGCAAUGAAGGCAGUGCUGGAGAUGCUUAGCAAUGAUCAGUCGAUUGUAGAAGCAUCUCCAGCACUGCCAGGGUUCGGGCGUAGCCCAAUGGUGAGGCAAUUGAGGGUGACUGACUCACCAUUCCCUUUAAGAGAAGAUGACGAGAAGGACGAUCAAGUUGAUAAGGCUGCUGAAGAUUUCAUAAACAGGUUUUACAGCCAGUUGAGGAAUCAAGCUUGAUUGAUUAAUUAGUUCAACCUACCUUAUUUAGUUAAUAAUUAACCAUUUUUAUCAAAAUGUUGGUAAUUUUCAUUAUAUAUAAUCCAAAGUUUUUUUUUUGGACAAAAUAUAUAAUCCAAAGUUGAUGUGCCUAUUGUAACAAAAAAAAUAGAAGUGUGUUACGUAACCAAAAUAAGAGUUGUGGGUAAUUUACGAUUCAUGUUAA